UAGUAGGCCGUUUUCUUUACCGCUGUCAAACGACAUUUGCCAGAAGUUCUUCGAGGGACCCGACGAUUCAGAGUAUCCGGUGCUUGCGAGGUUUUUUUUCGCGUUGUGUCUGGUUUCCGUGUCUCUGCCGGGGGAUCACCAAAAGUCUGCCCGGGUCGCGAGAAGUAGCAAGAGAAUCGCGUAGAAGAGCAAGAGAUUGUGGUGCGCGAAAGAAGACGAACAGAAGGGCAAAAAAAAAUCACACUAAAAGUCCCGCGACCGGAACACAGACACGCACCAGACGACAGCCGGUUAGUGUGUGUGUGUGUGUGCGUGUGUGUGCGUUAGUUAGAACGGACGAAACGGAUCGAGGAAAAGGAAGAAAAACAAGGUGUAUACACACAUAUACCGAACCCCAGCCCAAGGCAACAGCGAGUCGCAAUUUUUGCCGGUCGCGCUGGUUGUUGCGCGGUGUCAAAAGAAAAAUAAAAAAAAUAAAAAAGUGACAGUUCGUGUUUGCCUCGAUUAGCUUCUUCUAUUCGAUAACCGGCCGUUUCGAAGGAUCGCGCAUCAAAGUCCGCAAGCAAAUGGCCCCACAAGGAGCGACGGCAACGGCCGUCCCGACGACGUCCGCAAUCACAGCCUCAGCGGGGAUGGCCGCGGCCAUUCCGGCAACCACCCUCGUCACCGCCUCCUCCAGUGCUGCCACCAGUGCGGCCGCCCUCGGUGUCGGCCAUCUUUCGUGCGAGGAAAUCAUCUACGACGAGGUGGACAAUCGCUUCGCCGAACCGGACCGGCACAUGAUCAUGGACGAUCGGAUCAUCCGGAACAUGAAGAAGCUCGAGACCCGCACCAUACCGAUCUGUAACUACUUCAUCGAGCUGCAGAGCGACAUUAAACCAUCGAUGCGCAAAAUCGUCACCACGUGGAUGCUGGAGGUUUGCGACGAGCAAAAGUGCGAAGAGCAGACGUUCCCGCUGGCCGUGAAUUUCUUCGAUCGCUGCCUGUGCGUCCUCAAGAUCAAUCGCUACCACCUGCAGCUGCUCGGAUGUUGCACCCUACUGCUGGCGUCCAAAAUUCGCCAAUGUCAGCCAUUAACGGUCGACGUGCUGAGUGCCUACACCGACCAUGCGGUUUCGCCCGAUCAGAUAAGGUCCUGGGAGCUGCUGUUGAUCAACAAGCUCGAGUGGAACAUCAACGCAGUGACGGCGUACGACUACGUCGAUCACAUUCUGGAGCGCGCCAAAUGGGGCUCGGCUGACGCUCGACUGCGUGAACACGCGCACACACUCAUCCACGUCUGCAACACAGAAGCUAUCUUCAUGCAGAUGGAACCCUCGCUGCUGGCCGUAUCCUGUAUUGCGUCGGCCACCCGGGGGCUGAACGUUUCGACCAAACUCGCCGUCGGCUACGAUCUGUGCCGGCUAACGAUGCACGAUCUGGGCAAGAUCGACGUCAUCGUCAAAAUCAUCGAAGACAUUGUGACUCGCGAAAUCGCCGACAAACAGUGCCAGCAGCAGCAGGCCGCCCACCAGCAGGCCCAGCUUGCGGCAGCCGGUAGCAGUUGCAAGGAGCAGUAUCAACAGGCUCCCCAAAAGCUUUCCUCGGCCAACGCCAGCAGUAGUACGGUUCCGCCCCAGCAGCAGCAACCGGAAACGCCAACCGAUGUACAGUUUAUCUAUUUCUAGUAAGAAAGUCCGGGAUGUUCGUCGCGCGGGUGGGGAAACAACCAUGCCUUUCUCUUCUCACCUCAGUGCCAAGUUGUUUCAAUCGCGUUGCACAUUAUCUCUAAGAAUGGAACUAACAUGUAAGGGAACUUCUAUAUAGAAGGAAUGAGAUAAAGAAAGAAGGAGAGAGAGAGAGAGAGAGGAAAAGGCUACGCACGACAAAUAAUAACCAAAAAUAUCAAAGGAUUAUAUAAAAAAAAAACAAAAAUAUCAAAAAAAUAGCGUUCAGCUCAUGAGAGAACACCCGCUACUUACUUGUCAUGGUUGCGCAGUUAGUUCCAAGCUGAUUGUAGUCGAUAAGCUUUAUCCCAAGUUUAAUUCAUCCUUAGCCACAUCCUGGCGGUCCUUAUGAGGGUGUAAUACCCUAACCCACCUGGCGGAGGUCGCUUUUCUAUGUAUAUAUUACUCAGUUAGGAA